UUUGUGGCUGAGCUGGAGCAGCAGAAAUGACAUCACCAGCUGUGAUGUGUGAAGCAAAUCAUGAAUGAGUGCAAUUCCGAGCCCGGGGGUUACACACAGGCUUAAAGGCUCUGUCUGUUCCACACGAGGAUGGCCUGUCAGCUUAUCCGGAUAAUGCGUCCGGAUGAUGCAAACAUCGCAGGGAACGUCCAUGGGGGGACCAUCCUGAAAAUGAUCGAAGAGGCAGGUGCCAUCAUCAGCACCCGGCACUGCAAUUCCCAGUCAGGGGAGCACUGUGUGGCUGCGCUGGCCCGUGUGGAGCGUACAGACUUCCUCUCACCCAUGUGCAUUGGCGAAGUGGCUCACGUGAGUGCAGAAAUCACUUACACCUCCAAACAUUCCGUGGAAGUUCAAGUCAACGUGCUCUCUGAAAACAUCCUCACAGGUGCUAAGAGGGUGACUAAUAGGGCGACUCUGUGGUAUGUGCCUCUUUCGCUAAAGAACGUGGACAAAGUCCUUGAAGUUCCUCCUAUUCAGUAUGCAUGGAAAGAGCUGGAGGAGGACGGAAAGAAACGCUAUGAAGAGCAAAAACUGGAACGACUGGUAACUAAACAGAGAAAUGGAGACAUUAUCUUCCCUGUUUUCAACCCAGAUAGACAGAAUAAAGAGCCGUACACUGUAGGCUAUAGCCAGUCCAGCCUGAUCCAUCUGGUGGGCCCAUCAGACUGCACUCUACAUGGAUUUGUACAUGGAGGUGUUACUAUGAAGUUAAUGGAUGAGGUAGCUGGAAUUGUAGCUGCUCGCCAUUGUAAGACCAACAUUGUCACAGCUUCUGUGGAUGCCAUUAACUUCCAUGAGAAGAUCAAAAAAGGUUGUGUCAUUACUAUUUCUGGACGCAUGACCUUCACAAGCAAUAAAUCCAUGGAGAUAGAGGUCUUUGUUGAUGCUGAUCCUUUUGUUGAUGAGCCUAAAGAAAGAUAUCGAGCUGUCAGUGCAUUCUUUACCUAUGUAUCCCUGAGCAAGGAGGGGAAGCCCGUACCUGUUCCACAGCUGGUGAUAGAAACUGAAGAUGAGAAGAGGCGUUUUGAAGACGGAAAAGGGAGAUAUCUUCAAACGAAAGCCAAAAGGCAGGUGCAGAUGCAACCGCUCACUCAGCAAUGACCCUUCAUCUUGGACCUAAGUAUUUACGGCAGAGCCGCCUAGAAAUAAACAUAUCCACUUUAGAAAUAUUUCCUUGUACAAAUAAAACAAACCUUUCACUAGUGUUGUGUGAAGUGUUCAGAGCCCUGUGUAUUCAUUGAUCCUGUAGCUGUGCAAAUGGAUGCAGAAUUCACUCUGUGCUGCAGAAUUCUGCUCCAGAAGAUAAGGAAGUGAGCCUUUCAGCUGUGACUCGUGUUGAGAUGAAGUGUUUGUCUUUUUGCGUUCACACGUAAACUGAAACAAUCAUUCUGAAGUCUGAGCUGUGCCACCAUUUGUCACAAUUGAAUGUUAAAUCUGAACCGUAAUGAUGCCAAUUUAAAUCAGUUUUUGAAUUGUUAAACUAUUGAUCAGUUUAGCAGAAACAUCCAGUCUAAUAUGC